AUGUUAAGAACAUUGGGGGGAAAUCUAACAGAAUUUAUUGAGAAUCUAGAUGCCCUUCACAGUUUUCUGACGCUCUCUUAUAAGGAAAUGAAUGCACCAUCUUUUCGAGUGGAGAAAAGAAAUGAUGGCACCAUGUUUCUUCAUUACUACUCGGACAGAAGUGGAUUUUUCCAUAUAGUGCCAGGGAUAAUCGAAUCUGUGGCAAAAGAUUUCUUUAACAGCGAAAUAACCAUGAACAUUAUCUAUCAGACGGAGGAGAAGGAUCGCACUGGGAAGCGUGAACAUGUUAUAUUUGAAGUUCUGCAGAAUACAGAAGUUCAGAAGAAAACAAUAAAGCCAAGGCAAAAAAUAGAAGCAAAAAACUGCUUUCCUCAAGAUCAGGUAGAUAAUAUUGAUAUGGAAAUAAGCAGGGAUGUACAUAAGAGAUCCUCUUGCUGUCCAGUAAAGAAGUCCCACUGGGAUAUCAUAAGAAAUGUGGUCAUCUUCGGAAGAGGAAGUUUGUUAAACUCUUUCCAACCAGUAUACCCAGACAGAUUGUGGAUGGAUGAAAAGGCAUUUUGUAAUGAAUUUCCUUUCCAUAUUGUAUUUGAUAAAGAGCUAAGGGUAAAACAGGCUGGAGUGAACAUACAGAAAUACGUCCCUGGAAUACAGACAAUGGACAUCAGGCUAGAUGAAUAUUUCACAAUUGUGCAUCCACAAGUCACAUUUACCAUUGCCAACAUUCAGACUUUUACCAACAGUCAAUUUGUGUUGAGAACAAAGCGGGAAAUGAUGCCAGAGUCCUGGAAGAAGCAACCAAUGUUGAAACUCAGAGGGUACAUGAUUUGGAUGGAAUCCAUACAAUGUAUGAUCUACAUGUGUUCUCCAAAGCUACGGAGCCUACAGGAACUAGAAGAGAGAAAAAUGCACAUAUCUGAUAUAGCAAAACAUGAUGUAACCAGAGACUUGAUUCUACUGAAUCACCAGAGACUGGCUGAGAUAGAACUGUCCAACCAGCUGGAAAGGAAGAAGGAAGAGUUACGUAUCCUGUCUAAAAACCUGGAGAUCGAGAAGAAGAAGACAGAGACCUUACUUUAUGCCAUGCUUCCCCCUCAUGUGGCCAUUCAGCUAAAGGAAGGCAAGAAAGUCCAAGCAGGAGAAUUUUCGACUUGCACAAUACUCUUCAGUGAUGUCGUGACAUUUACAAACAUAUGUUCUGCUUGUGAGCCCAUCCAAAUCGUCAACAUGCUCAAUGCAAUGUACUCACGGUUUGACCGUCUUACUAAUGUCCAUGAUGUAUACAAGGUAGAAACCAUAGGGGAUGCGUAUAUGGUAGUGGGAGGUGUUCCGGUACCUGUGGAAACUCAUGUGGAGAGAGUUGCAAAUUUUGCCCUUGGCAUGAGAAUUGCAGCUAGAGAAGUAAUCAGUCCAAUAACUGGAGAUCCUAUCCAGAUCAGAGUUGGGAUUCACACAGGGCCUGUAUUAGCAGGAGUUGUUGGUGAUAAGAUGCCCAGAUACUGCUUAUUUGGAGACACUGUGAACACAGCUUCCAGGAUGGAGAGUCAUGGGGUUCCAGAUAAAAUCCACCUUAGUCCAACAACUUUCCAGGCCUUGAAACACAAGGACUUUGACAUUGUGGAAAGAGGAGUUAUUGAUGUAAAAGGCAAAGGGAAAAUGAACACAUAUUUCCUAAUUAAGAACUUAGCUCUAUCUGAAGAGGAAAUUAUGGGCAUGCCAGAAUGUGAAGACCUUCAGGCAGAAUGUAAUCUGGCUACAGGUAAGUGA